AAAACAAAACAAACGAAAAUUGUAAAAAAUUAGGAAAAUCGCACGAAAUAAAAUGAGCGAGGCUGCUGUGGCUGUGGCCGUGCCUGUGCCUGUGGAAACAGAGGCCAGCACCGAGAAGAUGGUGGCCAACAACAAGAUACACUUCUCCAAGGAGGUGAAACAGGUCAUCGACAAGGUCCUUAAAACGGAGGACCCCAUGGAUGCACCGGAUUUCAAUACCGUGGACUACAUCAACCAGCUAUUCCCCAACGAACAGUCGCUGGUGGGCAUCGAUGAGACCAUCCAGAAAAUGCAGUGCGAAGUCUCGCUGAUUGACGACAACAUUCGUUCCGUGGUGCGCGGGCAGACGAACACAGGACAAGACGGACAGCUGGCACUGUGCGAGGCACAAAAGGUGAUCAGUUCGCUGUUUAGUCACAUUAUCGAUGUGAAGACACGUGCCGAGCGCACGGAGGAGAUGGUCAAGGAAAUAACGCGCGACAUCAAGCAGCUGGACUGUGCCAAGCGGAACCUCACCUCGGCCAUAACCACGCUGAACCAUCUGCAUAUGCUGGUGGGUGGCAUCGAGAGUCUCAAUACGCUCAUCGAGCGGCGCUCCUAUGGGGAGAUUUUGAACCCGCUGCAAGCCAUCACGGAGGUUAAUCAGCAUUUCCAGCAAUUUUCCGACAUUGAGGAGAUUAAGAAUCUCUCGCAAAGCGUGGACAAAAUCCAAGUGACUUUGGCGCAGCAAAUCAGCGAGGACUUCAAGGAGGCAUUUGCCGCCACCAAACCCACUGGUCAUCGCUUGGGCCUCAAUCAAUUGGGUGAUGCCUGCAAGGUGAUGUCCGUGCUGGACCCGAAAGUGAAGAAGGAGCUGCUCAAGUGGUUCAUUGGCCAGCAGCUGGAGGAGUACAUGCAUCUGUUUCACGAGAACCAAGACAUUGCCUGGCUGGACAAGAUUGACAAGCGUUAUGCCUGGCUGAAGCGGCAUUUGCUCGAUUUUGAGGACAAGUAUGGGCCAGUGUUUCCGCUGGAUUGGGAGGUUUCGGAGCGCAUUACCGUGGAGUUUUGUCGGCAGACGCGCGAUCAGCUCGCGCAGAUUAUGGCCAAGCGUAGCAACGAGAUUGAUGUGCGUCUGCUGCUGUUUGCCAUCAACAAAACGCAGGCCUUCGAGCAGCUGCUGUCGAAGCGCUUUACGGGCGUUACGCUGGGUGCCACGCCCGCUGAGCAAGCGCGCGUGCUGGUGCAGCCUUCUGGGACUGAUGCACCGCUCACCAUCACAGUGUUCCAUGACCAGAUUGGGCAAUGCUUCAAGGCCCAUUUGGACAUUUACAUACGAAGCAUUGACCGCAAUCUCUCCGAGCUGAUGGACAAGUUUGUGGAGAUGUCCCGUGAGCCCUACAAGUUCGCCGAGGCCAAGACCACGGUGUACCCCAGCUCUGGGGAUCUGUUUGUCUUCUACAAGAAGUGCAUGGUGCAGUGCAAUCAACUGAGCAACGAGCAGCCCAUGUACGACCUGGCGCUAGUGUUCAAGAAGUAUCUCCGGGAGUACGCCGUCAAAGUGCUCGAAGGGAGCACCCCGAAGCUGGUGCCCAUCACCACCAGCAGCUCCAUUGGCAAGAGCGUCUCCAUGCUCACGCGCGACAUGCAAAAUCUCUCGACUGCCGCUGGUCAGGUGUUCCACAACUUUCUCAAGGAGGGCGACACGCAGCGUUUUACACGCGACGAUCUUGUGCGGAUCUGCUGCGUGCUGACAACGGGCGAAUACUGCCUGGAGACGGUGCAGCAGCUGGAGGAUAAGCUGAAGGAAAAGGUAACCGCUGGCUAUGUGGCCAAGAUUGAUAUGAGCGAGGAGAAGGAUGUGUUCCAUCGAAUAAUUUCCAACUGCAUUCAGCUGCUCGUGCAGGAUCUGGAGGCUGGUUGCGAGACCUCGCUGCAGGCCAUGGCCAAGGUGCAGUGGCAGCACAUCAACAAUGUCGGCGAUCAGAGCGCCUUCAUCAACAGCAUCUGCAGCAACUUCAAGCAGACGGUGCCCACCAUCCGCGACACUUUGGCCAGCUCCCGCAAAUACUUUACGCAAUUCUGCCAUCGCUUUGUGGCCGCCUUCAUACCGAAGUUCAUCAAUGUGCUGUACAGAUGCAAGCUCACGCUCUCGGAUGGCUCCAACAAUGUGCUGGGCUGUGAGCAGCUGCUCCUCGACACGCACUCGCUGAAGACGGCGCUGCUGGAGCUGCCAUCGGUGGGCUCGAGUGUGAAUCGCAAGGCUCCCACCAGCUACACCAAGGUCGUAGUCAAGGACAUGACGCGCGCUGAAAUGAUCAUCAAGGUGGUCAUGACUCCGGUGCAGCCACCAGCGCACUUUACGCAGCAGGUGCUCAAGCUGCUGCCGGACAUCACCAUUGCCGAAUAUCAAAAGAUUUUGGACAUGAAAGCGGUGAAGCGCGUGGAUCAGCUGCAGCUGAUAGAUCUCUUCAAGCACACGGCAUCGGCGGCUGCAAUCAGCGGUCUAAUCGAACCAGCAGCCAGCGGCGAUGAGGAUGCAGAACAAACGGCGCCAGCGGGCACAGCAGACGAAGCGGAGCCCUCGACUGCUGCGGCUGAUUCCACGACAACAACGACAUCGGCUUCGUCGGCCACACCCAAGCGCGCGUUCAUCUUCAGCGUUGGCAGCUUUACGGGCAGUGCGGACAAGAAUGCCGAUGGCAGCAGCCAGACGGGCAUACGCAAGCUGGAGAGUUUGCUAAAGAAACGUUUUCCCUAGUCGCGCGGGACAACCCAUUGACACACUGACACAUCAUUCCAUUGAGUUCGAGUUAGAUUUUACAACAAAAAGCAACCGAUUUUGCCCAAAAUUAAAGUUGGAUGUUCGAAAA